UUCUUCUUCCUCUCUUUCUUUAAACAAACAACAACAACAAAGUUUCACAUUUUCCUCUCUCUUCAGACAAGAACUCGAACAACUCUUAAUCAAAACAUAACAAAAUGACUCGCUCCUCUAGAUUCCUUGGUACGGCGUCGCCGCCACCGCCGGAAGAAAUCCUCGCCGCCGAAACUGACAUGGUUGUCAUCUUGUCUGCUCUUCUCUGCGCUCUCAUAUGCGUCGCCGGUUUAGCCGCCGUAGCUCGCUGCGCUUGGCUAAGACGUCUCACUGGCGUUAAUUCCGCAGCCAUCAGAGAAUCUCCGCCGCCCAACAAAGGCCUCAAGAAAAAGGUCAUUGAAGCUCUCCCGAAAUCCACAUACACCGCCUCCCCCUCUGCCUCUGCCUCUGCAUCUACGGCCGCCGCAGCAGAAGACUCGUCCACGGAGUGUGCCAUUUGCAUAGCGGAGUUCGCCGAGGGAGAAGAGAUCAGAAUCCUACCGGUGUGUAGUCACGCGUUCCACGUGGCGUGCAUAGACAAGUGGUUGACUUCAAGGUCGUCGUGUCCUUCUUGUCGUCGGGUUUUGGUUCCGGUGAAGUGUGAUAGGUGUGGACACCAUGCUUCCACGGCGGAGACUCAGAUCAAAGAUCAACAACAACCUCUUCCUCAUCACCAACAUCCUUCACAGUUCACUUCCGCCAUUAUUCCUGCUUUUCUUCCUUGAAAAGUUCACUUUCUUUUCUUUUUCCCUUUUUUUUUUAUAAAUUUGCUAAAACAAAAGGAAAAUAUCGGCACGAUUAAAGUAAAGUAUUAAUUAAUUAGGGAAAUUAGUGAUCUUUUUAGUUAUAUGUUUUCGAUAUUUCUCCUCUGUAAGACUGUUAAUCCACGGUUCUGCAAUUAAUCAAAUAUGAAAACUCUAGUUUUUAUUUA